UAACGUGACAAAAUCAAUCCACUAUAAAUUCGCUUCAAUUAUCCCUAUUUCCCACACCCUUUUCUUUCGAUUCAAGGCUUUGAAAUUUAUAUCUCAGAGAAAGCAGAGCCAGAACAGAGAAAAAUAAAACAGAGCAAAACCAGAGAAACCAGAAGAUGACCUCUGUUUGCAUAUCCAAUUGUGUCAACGACGCACGUGACCCGCGUGUUCCGGUUCGAGCAACGUACGUGAACCUCUACAAGUGGCCGGAAUCUGAUGCGGAGUUUGUGAGAUCGGUGAGUUCGAAUCGAAGAAAGGGUUCGCAUGUGUAUGGGCACCCCAGGGUGGUGGAUAGCAUCUCUUUCAGACAGAUGUAUCUAAGAAGCUACAAAUUUUCGAGGAAAGAGACGGUGCCAGAGAAAACCCAGAAAUGUUUUGGGAGAGUGAAAGAGAAAAUGGCACACAGGGGAAGGUCUCAGGGUAGUAGGAGAAGGAAGUGUUUGGUUUGGAGGAAAAUGAGAGAAAUUUCAUGUGCUGCUCUGUUUAGGAUUUUCCACAGGUUCUUGUCUUGCGGAGCUAGUGUAGAUGUUGUCCAUGCAAAAUGUUGA